CAGAAAAUGCAACAAGUGAAUCUGCUCAAGAACGAAUUCAAAUGACGCUAGCAACCAGCCUCUUCUAAUUUCUCUGUUGAUAUAAAUCGAGCUCGCGAGGUGCAAAAUUUUCUCCUCUGCAAAAACCUCAACAUACAACUUCUCCAACAUUUCCUCACCUCUACUUCUUCUACCUUGCUAAACCUCACUUUCCACCAACCUUUCGACAAUUGCCUUUGUCAAUCAAUCGUCGCAAUGUCUUCUUCUGAUUUUGAUCAUGUUGACUGGGCUGCUGAUUUCCUCACGCACCAGAUGCAGGGCUGGAAACCUGCCCAAUUCGCCCGUUUCUUCGACAAGGUUUCCAUCGUUCAGUUCCAGCUCCCGCAGGACUUCAGUUUCGGCAAUGACAACGAUACUUACUCUGUCAAUGACUUCAACUUGACUGCUCUUGAGCUCCAGGGCUAUUCACCAGGCUUUUCUGGAAACUACAGCGUCGUCAGCUCGCCCUCGGUUGUCAACAGUCCUGAAACUGACACUGAUGAUGCUGAUGGCUCCACUACUCUUCAGGUCAUUCCAAAGGCUGAGCGAGUUAUCAAGCCUGAGCAGAAAGAUCGCCGCAACAAGAAGCUUACCAUGAGAAAAGCAGCUGAUCUCACUGUCAAGCGCCCCAAGGGUGUCAACGCUUUCAUGUGUUUCAGAGCUCACCAUUGCACUGCUUUCUUCAGCUUGGGAGAACAGAAGCUCCGUUCUGCCUUUAUCGGUCAGCUCUGGGCAGGAGAUGUUUGCCGUCGCGAGUGGAUCAUCUUGGCCAUUGCCUAUUCCACCAUUCGUGAUGCCGUUGGCAAAGACAAUGCCCCAAUCAAAGUCUUCCUUGAACUCGUCUGUCCUUGGGUCGGAAUUCCAGCUCCAGAGAACUAUCUCUCAGCUUAUGGCUACUCUCUCACUGAAGCCUCUGAGCUCGUGCAGCCUGCGCACUUCCCCAACCGCGAAGAGUUUAACAUCCGCUCCGGCUUCACCGAGAAGGAUGUCAUUGAGUACUGUCAGUCCAACGGUUAUCCUCAUGAGCUUCCAGUUGAGGAGACCGCCUCGUCUACCAUGGUCAUGACAGUUGCCUCCGCGCCCCAGGAGAUGGAAGUCACCAACAUGAUGCCCCAGCCGGUUGUCAACAACGUCGACUUCAACAUGGAGUCUCUGUUCGAUCACCAGGACUACGGUAAUCUCUACACCCUCGAUGGUACCUCCUUCGACCAGAACUUCACUGCCAUUCCUCAGGAUGUUGGUAUCAGCUUUGCUCCCGAGACCUUCUGGGAUCUGAACUAAACUGAGUCAACCUGCACAAGAUCUCAGACUUGGGUCUUGUCUUCCGCAUACUGACCAAAGCUUGCAUCUUCGGCGCGUUGGGGCUUACACACUCUAUGGGUUCACUCUGGUUUGUCUUCAUGUCUUCACGUUGAGUUUGGCAUAGCGGCGGCUCUUUUUGCUCAGAUCUUGCUUUGAACUUCAAGGCAUUAUCACUCUACAAGUCCUGAAGCACUAACUGGCUUAUUUGUAAUGCUACUGGGUCACUAUACUCAAGCACAAGCAACUUGCGUACAUAGCUAGCGGCGUGAUCAUUAGGAUCUCGUUUUUAACGCUUCAUAACAAUGAAAUCGAAU